GGCUGAAACGAUGCAGAGCACCGGCGACUACUAUCAGAGGGCGCCGAGAUGCUGUCCAGGAAGGAACGCGAACGCGAAUGCGGACGCGUUGAGAAUCAGCGCUUCUGUGAGGGGAGCGGAAUUACUGUGUUGUUGCUGCAGUUGCAGCACGGCAACAUCUACCAAGACGCCAGGAUUGUUGGCCAGCUUAGGAGUCUGCGUGCUUGUGCUGGGGUACACACUGCUUGGUGCAUUCGCUUUUAUGGCGCUGGAAGGUGGUCUGAAAUCGGAUUCAGCGAACGAUCUGCUCGUUUCCACGGGUUCAAAAUCUGAGGGAGGAUCGUACGCGGUACCUAGUCUUGAAGAUGAUACCGCUAUGGAACUGAGAGCACGUACCGUUGAAAGACUCUGGAGUAUCACAGAGGAUCUGAAUGUAUUGUACAAGGAAAACUGGACAAGGCUAGCAGCGAGAGAAGUGUUUGAAUUCCAAGAAAAUCUGGCACGAGGUCUUAGCAGAACUUCUUCGCAAUAUGAACCAUCAUCUCGAUCUAGGGAACAUUCCAUGGAUAGGAGAUCACAUCGAAGAUGGACUUUCAGUGGUAGUUUGCUGUAUUCCCUGACUCUGAUCACUACCAUAGGAUACGGUAGCGUGGCGCCUCGCACAGUCUGGGGUCGUUUGAUCACAAUAGUGUACGCUCUAGCCGGGAUUCCCUUAAUGCUAGUCUAUUUAAGCACGGUUGGUGAUGUCCUCUCAAGGAGCUUCCGCCGUUUGUAUGGCCGACUGUGUAGACCAAGAAAUUGCAGCAGAAAGCAACAACCACCUCCACCGCCGCCUCCUGUAGGCGGAAUUAUGAGCAAAACUUAUAGAUACGAUAACCAUGUCGACUCAAAAUCUGGAAAUUACUAUUCGGCUAGUAGAGAGAGCUCCUGCGAUGAUCUAGGAACUAGAGGCACCAGUAGUGCCAUCUUAUUGGAUUGUGGAAGCGAGGGAUUGCUUCAUGCUACUACUAGCUCUACUGCUGCACUUCAGGAUAUGUCGUCGGGAAACAGUAAACGUCAUUUUCAUCCAUGCUCACUGUCCCUAUCGACGAACUCGUCACCAGGCUACGUGGUGGAAACGAAUCCCGUGAGGAUACCGAUUAGUCUUUGCUUGGUGAUUAUGCUGAUCUACAUAUGCGGUGGCGCGCUAAUGUUUAACCGUCUGGAAGGUUGGAGCCUUUUGGAAGGCGGCUACUUCUGCUUCACCAGCCUCGGAACCAUUGGUUUCGGUGACUUAAUGCCCGUUGGACGAAACGCCGCGUCCGCUACUCUGGAGGAGCUCAGCUUGUGCGCCUGCUCACUCUACAUACUCGCUGGGAUGGGCCUGAUCGCCAUGUGCUUCAACCUCGUCCAGGAGGAGGUGGUACGCGUGGUCAGGGUCUUCGGUAGAACCUGCGGCAUGUCGUCGGGGGUGGUGGUCGGACCUAUCGGUGGUACAGGUACCAGUCCUGGGCUCAAGGCCGACUUGGAUGACGGAGGAGGUACCAGUGACUCGCGAUUGUCCGAACAAGAAGAAGAAGCGAUCGCCAUGUCCAUGGUGCCAACAUCCUGACAGCAUCAGGCUAGGAGUCCCGCGGACGGGAAGCUCCUGGCCCACGCGUCCAACACUGCCAUAAAACCAUCACCAGGUCAUCAUUCUCUGCCACGAAAGAAAACAUCCGAAUCCAGAAAUUCUUCGACUCAACAGUUUCAACGUGCCCAAUCUUUAAGACGCAGCUGUUUGUCUCCAACACAAUAUCAUCAUCACCAUCAACAUCGUCAACAAGAAAGUUCCUUACACUUCGAGUACUUUGUGCCUAGAAGCGUGAGUGAGUUCAAUCUGGCAGCAGCGGCGGUUACGGACAUGGCUGUGCCACCACCGCCACCUACUUCAGUUUUACGACCAUCCUCAGCUGUCACGCCACCGGUACCUUCGGCAUCUAAUUCCGCAUCGACGAACCAGUCUAGAUUAUUGGAAUGUACAGGAACGGCGACAAGAAGCCGCGAGAAGAUGGUCACGUUUGAGGAUGAGGGCGUGAGUUGUGCCACCUCUACGCCCACAAGGAAAAAUGUUUCCGGUUUGGAGAAUGUUUUCAUGUGACGCUGCAAUCACGGAUGAUUUUGUGAAAGAAAAUUUGAAUUUAAGUGGAUGAAAGAAUAUUGGUGGAAUGUUCUGUGUUUUGGCUAUAUCGAAAAAACGAUAAAUAAAAUUUUAACAUAAAAAGUUCAAUGGAAUUAUUUUGAAGAUUAGUUGUUUAAUGAAUGAAUGUUGAUUAACAAUCGAAAAAAAAAAUAAAUCGAACAAGAAAAAUUAUGUAGCAAUAUAUUUCUUCUAUGCGACCAAAGAAAUGCAAUUAAAUCACUCAUAAAUUAAUAUAAUUAGUACUUUUUCAUUAUAUUAUGAAAAAAAAGAUGAUUUGUGACGGGUCUCUGAAAAAAACCUUGUAAAGUAUGAGUGAAAUGUUUGUGUAUACAUUUUCAGAUUAAAUAAUAAGACACGAACUUCAAACAAA